AUGGCAUCGGGGCAGAAUCAGAGCGCGGUGACGCGAUUCAUCCUGCUGGGCCUCACAGACCAGGCCGACCAAAAGCAUCUCCUCUUUGGCAUCUUCCUGCUGAUCUAUGCCGUGACGCUGGUGGCUCCGCCCUCCACACCCCUGUACUUCCUCCUGAGCGUGCUCUCCUUCCUGGACAUCUGCAGUUCCUCCGUGUUCACCCCCUGGCUGCUGAUCAGCUUCCUCACCGCGGACCAGUCCAUCUUGUUUGGGGGCUGUGUGGUCCAGAUGGCCUUCAUGAUCCUCCACGGCACGGGGGAGUGCCUGCUCUUGGCCGUCAUGGCCUACGACCAAUUUGUGGCCAUCUGCCACCCUCUCCGCUACCACACCAUCAUGUCCAAGCACUUGUGCAUCCUGCUGGUGGUGGGCACCUAUGCUGUGGGGGUGUUCGUUUCAGCUCUGCAGACAGGGAAUGCCUUCGUCUUGCCCUACUGUGGCCCCAACGUCAUUGAUCACUUCUUCUGUGACAUCCCUCCUGUGCUCCAACUGGCCUGCUCAGACACCACUGUAGCCAACGUCAUCCUGCUCUUCCUUUCCGCCUUGGUUACUGUCCCUAUGGUGUCGACCAUCUUGGUGUCCUAUGCCUACAUCCUGGUCACAGUCUGUAGGAUGAGGUCCCUGGAGUCCCAGCGCAAAGCUUUCUCCACUUGAGCCUCCCACCUCACUGCCCUCUCCCUCUUUUAUGGGUCUGUGUUCUUUGUAUAUGUCCAACCCAACCCGGAAAGCGCUUCAGCCUAUAACAAGACCCUCUCUGUGUUCUACACCAUUGUGAUCCCCGUGCUGAACCCCCUGGUCUACAGCCUAAGGAAUAAACAUGUCAAGGCCACUAGCAUCCAACCACAUCUCAUCUCGAACUGUUCCUACGCCUUCCCGUCACUCCCUGAGGUUGAAGCCAGAGGCAGGAGCAUCCGCCUGUUGGGCAACAUCCCUAUUGCCCAGCACCUGCUGAGACAUCACAGGGCCCCAGAUUCAGCCCAGAACUAA